AUGUUAAGCGUUGCUGCAUUUUCAUCUUCUGAAGAUGAAGAAUAUACCACAACCGAAAUGAAUGGUAUUCGGAGACAAUUAUGGGAACAGUCCAACAUAUUUACCAUGCCAAAUUCCAAAUUUGUAAGUUACUUUAGAAUAAAUAAAGAGGGCUUUAAAUAUGUUCUGGACAAAAUUGCAUUUAAACUAAAAGAACCGACAAGGUCAAUAUGUGUGCCAAAUAUGUUGAAGCUUGCAGCAACAAUGCGGAUACUCGCUGAGGGUAGUUACCAAAAAGGUGCUGGUAAUGACUACAACAUUAGUAUGUGCCAGUCUUCAGUUAGCAAUGCAUUCCAAGAGUGCAUAGAUGCUAUGUACAACGUACUUUGCUCAGAAUGGAUUUCCUUUCCAACGGAGGAAAAUGAAAAAGACGAGAUCAAAAAAUUUUUUUACAAUAAAACUGGGUUUCCAGGUUUAAUAGGAUACAUAGAUGGAACCCAUAUAAAUAUAAUCUCACCAGAAAAGGAAGUACAAUUUAAAUACAGAAACAGAAAAGGUUUCUACAGUCUUAAUGCAACAGUGGUAUGUGAUCAUAAGCUCCGAAUAAGAUAUAUAUCAUCUCAUCUUCAGGGAUCUGUUCACGACUCCUUAGUAUGGAACACCAGUUACUUAAAACAAUUUUUAAGAGAUCAAUAUGAUAAUGGAGAAAGAAAUACUUCGUUAUUAGGAGACGCAGGGUACCCCUUAGAACAAUUUUUGAUAACGCCAUUCCGAUCUACUGUAGAAGGUUCUUCAGAAAGUCGUUUUAACUAUAUACAUGCAAGAACUAGAAAUAUUGUUGAACGAACUAUUGGUGUUCUAAAAAAUAGAUUCCGGUGCAUACUAGGCGCAAGACAGUUGCAUUACACACCAGAUACGGCUGCUAAAAUUACAUCUGUUUGUGCAGCUUUACAAAACAUUUGA